AUGGUUACUACCAUCGACGUUGACUUCAUGGCACCGGAGGUGAUGCAAGGAAUGGCGGUAUCAUAUGCGACGGACAUUUGGUCCGUCGGCGUGAUAGCGUUCGUUAUGCUGAUGCGGCACCUACCAUUCUCUCCAACAAACGACACACAUACGUUGGCCAACACCUCGGAAAAUCCCGUCACACUGGCGAUGGCGUUCGCCGACCGUCUGCGCCAGCGCAUGUCACCGCAGGCGCUCGACUUCAUCCGUCGAUGCACCAUCCUGUGGGUGCCAAGCGAUCGCCUGACGGUCGAACAGUGCCUGGCGCACCCUUGGCUGGCCGACGCCCCGGACCCCUUGUGGAUGCUGCGUACGCUGGCGGACGUCUGCGCUACAGCAUCACCAGCCAGUGCCAACCAACCCAGAUCAAGCCCAGAACAGGAGCGCCGCCCAGUAGCCGCACUAGAUUUGCGCAUGAGAGCGGCUACAGGAGAGCGCGACCGCGUUCGGCCGAGGCCCCUUCAGCAUGACGCCGAGCCCAUCACGCCGACGGACCAAAUGUCCGUCGCACGUGACACUGCGUCUACUCGUACCUCCACCUCCAGUACCUUCUAG